GUAACCAUUCACAUACCAAAGUAAAAACAUACGAUAGAGUGGUAGGAAUAAUAAUUGCUUUGUGAACAGUGCAUAUUAUUUGUGAUUAUAUUUCAUUUAUCAUUGUAUAAGUAAUUGAAAAUCGGUAUACACAAUCAUUGUAAAGGCUUGCUGCUGUACCAUAAUUGUAGAUCAUCCUGUCUACAAUUUGAUUUCAAGAUUAAUUCAAUAGUUUGAGGCCUGAUAAAGUACAGAAUGGCGGAGGAAGUUGAAGUAGGACCAGGACAGAUACACAACCAGUUUGUAGUAAUGGAAGAUUUGCUGGACAAACUGAAGCUUCUUAAUUAUGAGGAUGGAUUUUUAAGGGAUCUUGGAUUUAAGCCGUUGUCAAGGCAUUACUUUGCCAUACCAACUAAUCCUGGAGAACAGUUUUUCAUCUUCACAUCACUGAGUGCUUGGCUAAUCAAUUUAAGUGGUAGGCAAAUGGAACAACCUCAAGAGUAUGAUGAUCCUAAUGCAACAAUUUCUAGUAUACUUGAUGAACUGAGGCAGAUUGGUGCCACUGUGGACUUCCCACCAUCAAAGCUCAAGCAGGGUUGUGGAGAACAUUGCAUAUACGUGUUGGACAAACUGAGUGACACAGCCUUAAAAAAUACAAAUUUCAAAUGGUCUAGACCAAUGUAUCCACAAGAAGAGACAGAAGAGGAAGAGUGUCAGAUGGAGGAUGAAACAGAGCUGACAUUAGACAAGCUUGAAGGGGACUUCAUUGAUGAGCAGGAGGAAGAUGAUAUCGAGGAAGAUGGCAGUUUCUUGGAUCUUGCUGGUCUUCAAAAUCUACAAGCAAAGACAGCAAUGAAGGAGAGUUCAAAGCCUGAUAAUAUCAUGGAAUCGACGACAAACGUAAAUGACUGGAAAUUGGAGGUUGAGCGGGUGAUGCCUUCCUUAAAGGUUCACAUCCGUACAGACAACAAGGACUGGAGAACACAUGUGGAUCAGAUGCACCAGCAUCGGGAUGGCAUUGACACAGCGUUGUCACAGACACAGGGACAUUUGGGUAAACUGCAUGACGAAAUCACAAAAACUCUAGAAAAAAUUGGCAGUCGUGAGAAAUACAUCAAUAACCAGCUGGAGAAUCUUCUGCAAGAGUUCCGUACAAUGCAAGACAGCUUGGCAGAGGCAAAAGAGCAGUACAGACAGGCUAGCGGGGGUGUGACAGACCGUACAAAGGUCCUGGCUGAAAUAUCGGAGGAAUUGGACAAAAUUAAGAUGGAGAUGGAAGAAAAAGGCUCUAGCAUGACAGAUGGAUCACCCCUUGUGAAAGUCAAGCAAGCAUUGCAGCGUCUCAAGAAUGAAAUCCUUCAAAUGGACAUCAGGAUAGGCACUGUUGAACACAUUGUACUCACAGGCAAACUCAAGGACAAAUCAAAUCUACAGAAAGACAUGAACAAAACCUUAACUACCUCACAAUAUGAUGACUAUAAACAAUAUUAAAUUUAUGUAAUUAUCAAGACUACAAACCAAUAAUAAUGAUGUAAUUUUCUAUAAUUAAAGGGGCAGCCACACCGAUUUCAGGAUUCAUAACCUGCAUUCAAUCCAGAAAUCUUUUGAGUAAAGGUGUGUCACGCCCACAGACAUAUGACAGGUGUUCCAACAUAAGAAAUUUGCGGGAUAACAGUUAUUAUCUGGGAGAUUUUAAAUUUUUCGCACGAGUGCGGGAUGCCAUCUUGAACGUUCUAGCGACUCGCAUGAAACCCCUGAUAUUACCUGUAACUCCCUCUUUAAGCUUUGUGUGCCGACACUAAAAAAUGUGGAUUUUUAAUGGCUGCUUUACAGGCAUUUAAUAACCAGGGCUUAUGU